CUUCAACCUGAAAUAAUGUCCAGAGAUAUACUACAAACGAACUGCGAUUUGUGUUCAGAAGUCGCACACGAGCCUUUUAUCGAAUGUUGCGAGUGCGAAAGCAAUGUUUGCACUCCUUGUUUUUCAUCCGGCAAGGAAACAGAAAUGCAUAAAAAUGACCACAAAUACGCGAUAAGAAGAAAUGAUUUUCCAUUAUUCGGUAAUUGCAAUUGGUCUGCUAAAGAAGAGUGCAAAUUGUUAUCAGCACUUUCUACAUACGGAUUCGGAAAUUGGGAAGAAAUAUCUAAGAAUGUGCACACACGUUCUAAACUCGAAUGUCAAGAGCAUUAUAGGAAAUAUUACAUAGAGAAUGUGCAGUAUAAAGAAUUGAGAUUACUAAAGGAAACACAACAGUCACUUUUUCCAAUGCCAAUUACUCCAUACUUGUACAAUACAGAUGUAAGCACUAAUCCGCCUAGAAAUAACAGUUCAGAUCAACAUUUAGCUGGUUACAAUACAUAUAGAUCUGAAUUUGAAUUCAGUUAUGAUCACAAUGCUGAAAGCAUAUUUAAUAUUGAAGACAGUUACUCUGAAGAUGAUGAUGAGGAUGAGGAUGAAAUGGACAUGAUGGAUUCUUUAAAGGUGUCUUUAGUGAAUGCUCUUAAUACAAGAUUAAGAGAAAGACAUAGAAGGUAUAAAAUUAUACAGAAUCAUGGCUUAGUAAUGCCAAAUAAGCUUUUCUCAUGGAUCCAAAAGUUUGACCUCACUAUAACACGACAGAAAGCAGAACGAUUGCUUUGCUUCAUGCAGUUCAUGACAGGAAUACAGUUUGACGCUUUCAUGGAAUCCAUGAGCUUAGAGAACGAGCUGUUACAGAGAAUUGGACAUUUAUGUGAAUACCGUAAGAAUGGUAUAAAAACUCUUUAUACUGCCAAACUUUAUAAGCAACUUAAAAAAGAAAAUGACAUAAUCAUGAAAGAACAAAAGUAUGCUACAUGUGUUAUGGCCAAGAAAUUUGAAAAUCAAUCACCAGUGAAGACUAUGUACACAAAAAACCACCAAGUGCUGCGUUACAAGCGUAUGGCAAUGCCCUUAGAAAUAAUUGACUUGCCAGGUUUCCACAGGCUGAGUGAGGCUGAACAAGUACUAUGUUCUAAUUUGAGGCUUGUACCAACAAACUACUUGGAAAUAAAAGAGCAUCUUAUAGCUCAGAACAGUAAGCUUGGAUUCCUACGACUUUUAGAUGCAAGGAAAAUUGUUAAAAUAGAUGUAAAUAAGACUAGGAAAAUUUAUGAUUAUUUGUUAUAUGAAGGUUUUAUAAGUAAACCAUUGUGACUAUGACAAA